AUGCCAAACGAAACUGUGCUUCGGACCCUGAAGGCCAAUCUUCCUCUGCGAACGGAUUUAUAUAACUCGGUUGCUAACUCCGCCGUUUUGAAAGCCGUUAAGAAUAAGGAUGUCGAUUCGGUGGUGGAAAUCGGAAAGGUCCUUGGUCAUCAGCGUUUUCAUAUUCUUUAUCUCAUUGUCAUUCCUCGUCUUCUUUCGCUAGGACUUGGUCCAGGAGAAGUUCUGGCCAAGUUCGAGGAUCCCUCGUUGAAAUCGUGUGCGGCUUUGGGUAUCGUUCUCAACGAACUUUGCGCUCUACCAAGCUUUCUGAAUCCUCCCGUGCCCGGUAGCAGCCUUGAAUGCGCGAAACAAUUCAUUGCCCAAUUCCAGAACGAGGGUCUCCUUCCCUUCACCUAUUACCUUUCCGUCAACAAUAGCUUUAUUCACCUUCUGCUACGAGGAUGCGUCAAACACGUUAUCCAAAGUAGAAACGACGGUAUCAUAGAUCAGACGAUGUUGGAUGUAUGGACGGGUGCUCUCUUAAACUGUUUUGCUCCUGAUCGUCACCCUUUACUCGCCAGUGCUCUACUUCGCUUUUGCGGUCAGGGCAUAGUAGGGGCGGCAGAUUCCACCGCCUCUCGUUUCGCUAGUCUUGAUGAUCAGGCG